AUGAUAAAUUCGACUUUAACUUACUUCAUUCUGAGCGCUUAUAUUCAUGUAGGAACUUUAAGAUACUUGUAUUUUCUGUUAACUGCUUUGCUUUACAUGAUCAUUGUUGUCGUCAACAUGUCCCUCAUCGUGGUGAUCUGCAUGAACAGAAGCUUACAUGAGCCUAUGUACCUGUUCCUGUGCAGCCUGUUUGUGAAUGAACUGUAUGGUAGUACAGGCUUGUUUCCGUUCCUUCUGCUGCAGAUUCUCUCUGACGUUCACACUGUUUCUGCUUCCUGUUGCUUCCUGCAGAUCUUCUGCUUGUACACAUACGCACAUGCAGAGUUUUGUAAUUUGGCCGUCAUGUCUUACGACAGAUAUCUGGCGAUCUGUUGUCCUCUGCAGUAUAACUCACGUAUGACAUUCAACAAGGCGAUAAUCCUUAUAGCUGUAAUAUGGUUGUACUCCUUUUUAAAAUUCUUGAUCACUUUAUCGUUAAAUAUCCGACUGCCGCUUUGUGGAAACACCAUAAAUAGUUUGUAUUGUCACAACUAUCUAGUUGUUAGGUUGGCAUGUUCUGACACCACAGUGAACAACUUUUAUGGACUCUUUGGGACUGUUCUCACCAUCUUAAUCCCUCUGCUUCCAAUCCUCUUCUCUUACAUGAAAAUUCUCCAAAUUUGUUUCGCUGGUUCCAAACAGACCCGACAAAAAGCCGUCAGCACCUGCACGCCUCACCUGGCGUCCGUCCUGAACUUUUCUUUCGGGUGUUUGUUUGAAAUACUUCAGAGUAGAUUUGAUACGAGCAGCGUACCCGGCGCGCUGCGUAUCAUUCUGUCUCUGUAUUUUCUCAUCAUACAGCCGCUGCUGAAUCCGAUCAUGUAUGGUAUGCAAAUGUCAAAGAUACAGAAUACAUGCAAACAGCUGUUCUGUUAUAAAAUGCUGAGUGAACGCAGAGAUAUCAUGUAG